AAUGAAAUAGAUGCUAACAUAAACGGGAUUUAGUGAUGAAAAAAAAGAAUUAUUGAAAAUUAAGUCUGAAUGGAGAGGCUUAUCUAAUAAUGAAAUGUUUUAAGAUUUUGUUUUUCUUCGAGAAGCAUCCUAAACUCGAUUGGCAACUGAGAAAUUAGAGAAAGAGAGAAGAAAUAGAAAAGAUAGUAUUUUAUUACCUUUUUUAAAAUAAUAACAAUAAAAAAAAAUGGAACAAGCUAGAAAAUUCACUCUUAUAGGAUCUCUUUCAUAAUUAAGUGAUUUUACACCAUCUGUAACAUUUAUUAAUAAACAUCAUUUUGAAGAAAUCUAUUCAAUCCUAUCUACUUUAAUAAAAUCUGUUUUAAUCCAAUAAUUAGAAACCUUAUUACCUGAUUUAGAAAAGCUAGUUAAUGCCUGUAAAUAAUGUGGGAUAGUAAGUUUUUAUUUCAUGGCAAUCUAUUUUUAAACUUAAAUAUAAUUUGUAUAUUGUAGAAGAAAAGAGGGUUAUAAUAUAUGGAAAAAGUUUUUGAGAACUUGUAAUUUACAAGGGAAGAAACUUUAAAAAUAUAAACUAUUAGCUUAUAGAUAAUUAGCAAAAUGUGCUUUAGAUUUAGGAGAUUUGGAUAAAUAGGCAAUUUAUCUAAAGAAAUUAUUAAAAUUAUCUUGGGUUGUUAAAGAUAGAAAUUAUGAAUUAUUAUGUUAUGACAUGAUUGCUAUCAAUUUUUAUUAUAGAGGAGAUGUAGAUAGAGCUUAGUUCUUCCAUUCGAAAUUUGUGUCAGGAGAAUUUGAAGCUGCUGAAUCUAAUAUUAGACUAGCUGGAGUAUCAUCUUAUUUAAAUACAUAAAAAUUAAAGGCAUAAUUGAAUGAUUAGGAUUCCUUUAGUAUUGAUGAUAUGGAUUUAGAUGGUAUAAUAUAAAAAGACAACAUUCUCAAAUGGUAAAAAGGAUUACCUGUAUUUGAUAGUAGACAUAUCUCAUAACAUCGAGUACUUAUAAAUUAAUGGAGUUGUAAUAGAGAUUUAACAGUACAUAUUAUUAAUAGAGAAAAAUAAAAACAUAAAUCAGAGGAGGAAGAUAUAGGAUUUGUUCCACUCAAUCAAAAUAUAAAAAGACUGCUUAAAUUAUUUUAAUUUGAUGUCAAAUAUUUUAUGCAAAAUGGGCAUCUUUAUGAUUUCUAAUGA